AUGGACCAUCCCUCUGAUCCGCGCGAGCCUUGGGUUCCUCAAUCCCCUCCCCCUCCCGCCGCAGACGACCGCUACGCUGAGCGACCCCCUCCCCCUGCACACGACACUGAAAUGGCCGACUCUCGUCGCGACGACGAGCGGGAUGACCGCUACCGCGCUGAGCCGCCCCGUCGCGACGACCGCGCGCCUCCCUCUUUCAACCGUGGCCCUCCCCCUCGCCCCGCCAACGCUCCCCACCCUGACGCCAACAACGUCCUCGGCGUGUUUGGUCUCUCUAUCCGCACCCGCGAGCGCGACCUCGAGGACGAGUUUAUGCGCUACGGCGAUGUCGAGAAGGUGACCAUUGUUUACGACCAGCGUACUGACCGCUCGCGUGGCUUCGGCUUCAUCACCAUGCGCUCGACCGAGGACGCUACCCGCGCCAUCGAGAAGCUGAAUGGCAUCGAGCUGCAUGGCCGCAACAUUCGUGUCGACUACUCGGCCACCACCAAGCCCCACGCACCCACGCCCGGAGAGUACCGUGGCGAGAAGCGUCCUCUGGAUGACCGCUGGGGUGGCGGUGGUGGUGGUGGUGGCCGCGACCGUGGCGGGUGGGGCCGUGGAGGUGACCGCUACGGCGACCGCUGGGGUCCGGGACCCGACCGCUACGGCGACGACCGCCGCGGCGGUCACCGUGACCGUCCGUACGAUCGGCCCUUUGGCCGCGACCGCGACCGUGACGGACCUUACGGCCGUGGUCGUGACCGUGACCGUGACGAUGACCCCUACGGUGGCCGUGCGCGCCGUGACGACGACCGUGACCGCGCUCCCUUUGGUGGCGAGGACCGCGACCGCGAGCGUCGUCGUUCGCCGAGCCCUCGUCGCCGUUACUCGGCGUCGCCAGACCGUCGGGCUCCUCCUCCUCCAGCGGACGACACCGCCCCGAUCCGCUACUAA